UUCCUUAUUGUAGAGUUGUCUGUUCCGACCGCGGACCACUGGGUACGGAUGCUAGAUAACUAGCUUGAAAAUUACUUAAUUACUUUCAAAUACCAAUACAAUUGUUUAAAUGAAACAAACCAUUAUUGUGCUUAUUUAUUUAAGUUAAACAGUCGUAACGUUAGGUUGACUGUUGAGCUAAGUAUCCGGUGGAUAGCAUAAUAUUAAAUAUAGUUGGCUAACUAAAUAGCACUAGCUGGCUCGCUAAAUCGGCGCCUGGCGCGUUCUCUGUUUGGCAACAACAUUUCAUUAACACGUUUUCGGUAUGGCAGAAUUCCUUGAAGAUCCGUCAGUUCUAACAAAGGAUAAGCUCAAAAGUGAGCUUACGGCCAACAAUGUGUCCCUUCCCAGUGGAGAACAUAAAAAAGAAGUAUAUGUCCAGUUGUAUCGGAAAACGUUGACCGUAUUGAACAAAAAGAGUUCACCGCCAGACACAUUUUCUAGUGACGAAGAACUGCCUGCUCCAGUCUCCAACAAAAGUCGAUCAGGGAGGAAAGCAACAAGAAAGACUGACAAGCCUGCCUCUGAAGAGGUAGAAGUCACAGAUCUGACGGAUGAAGGCUUGAAAGACCAGCUGAUGAAGCAUGGGAUAGAUGCUGGACCCAUUGUAGCCUCCACCCGGAAAGUUUAUGAGAAAAAACUAACAAAGCUGCUGGACCAGUCUGCAGUUGAGAUGACACCCAGCCUACCUGAGACUGCUAGUGCACUUACAGAGGCAUCCAAAGCUGACAGUCCUCAGAAUGGCAACACACACUCAGACCAUUACAGUGACAAGGAAGAUGAGGAGAUAACAGUUCCUGAGACAGAGCCUGUUCCUAUUGUGGAGAAGCCUGUAAGAAGCAGAGGCAAGACCCCUGUCACUGUGCGGACCAGUAGCAGAAGGCACAAUAAGGUGGAGGGGAAGCAAGCAGCUGGUGACCAGACCCCCAAGAAAAGUGCUGAGAAUGUGGUUGAAGAUAUACUUGCUAAUGAGAUCAGUACACCCACAGGAAUCGGUGCCACCUGUCGACGACCAAUUCGAGGCGCAGCGGGCCGACCAGUGAAGCCUGGUGACUACUGGCUGGAUGAGUCCCUGCUACACAACGUGCUCACUAAGAGCCAAUCAGAGAGUCUCUCAAAUGCUGCAGGCCCAGGGAAUACCCCCGCUCGACGAGGCUUUGUCUCUGUGCUGCUGAGGCUGAUGAUGCUCAUUGUGGUGGCCGGGUCUAUUUACUACGCCUACGAGAACCUAGACACAGAGCAGAUCAAUUCCCUUAAAGGCCUGCUGGACAGGGUGGCCACCCCCCUGGGCAUCGGCAGUGAGAGUGCCGCAAAGAGUGGCGGCAAGUAAGGCGUCAUCCCACCUCACCCUCCCCGUACCACCACCACACCUUUGCUAUCCUUACUCUGAUUAAGCUCUGCUUUUUAUACUAUCCUCUGAUUAAGCUCUGCUUUUUAUACCUGGUUCACCCUUUUGAGGACAGACCUGGGAUUGAGAAGGGUAGAUUUUCUCCCCCUUUUGUUCCUACUUCACUUGCGUGUGGUAGAAGGAAGUUGCUUGACCCAACAGCAGGAGCACCUGAAAAACACAGUCUCAUGAGAAUUUGAAGUGUUUGUCUUUGUGUGUAUAUUGUAUAUGUAGAACUCAAUGUGAAUUGGAGAGGACCGUUUUCGUGCAUGGUUAUAGUUAAAGACUUAGUUUUCUAAUGGUAUGUGCCAGGCGUUUUUCUGACGGUGAAGUGUGUAGACAACACUGUUGGCACUUGUUUCUUGCUACUAAUAACAAAGGUUUCACAGUGUGUUUAUGUAUGAUUAGAUGUAGAAUCAUUUCAGAUUUUCUUUUAACAGUGCUCAGGUCUAAUUGGACAAUUCUCUACACACUUGACUUUUCUUUUGAACAGGUGCGUAGGAGAAAAACACCAAUCAAUACAUUAAAAGGAUAAAAACAGAACAAUUCUCUUACAAACUACUUUAUAACCAAUUUCUGCAAUGUAGAACUUAAACGUUCAUCAGGCAUCAAUGGUCAUGUGUUGGGGUCUAUUUUUAUCUAAAUUUAAUAUGAUCUGUGUUCUGAUUUAAUGGUGUCAAAUCAGGUCUUAUAAUUGAAUCAGGAUGCUGUCUAUUUUCAAGCUAAAAACACAAUUGGUGUUACUGCUUAUGUACAUCAGUUAAUACUGAUGGCGAUUAUGAUGUUAUGCGCUUAAAUUUAGAGUUUUAACUGAAGUCUAGUUGGGUUGGCAUGGAAUCAAACUGGCUCAUUGCCCCUGAUUUUACUCAUCCCUGUGUAACUGAGUUGACUUGUUUUCAGUCAGAUCAUUCAGUCCCAUCACUGGCACUGGAUGUUUUAAUUAGUUCCCCCAUACAGUCCUAUUCCUAUUGUUCCAUGUAUACUGAAUUAAUGUGUAACAGACAGCACUGAUUUGUGGUCAAAUAGUUCUAGUUAAUCUGGUCAGUGUCCAAUAAAAAAAUUAGUUUUGACACUAAUGUUUAGAGUCUAAACUUUAGAGAAAUAAAUGUCAUUGACUAUACUCCAGUUAAAUAAUGUGAAAUAUGGUUCUAUACUUAUGAUUCAAUACAAAGACUAGAAGGGAGACUUGUGUAUUUGAGUACACCAAUGGCAAAAUUGACUUUGGCACUGUUCAAAUGUACCUGUAACUGUUUUCUAUGAACUCUUUUCUCAUCUGAAGUGAUUAAAAAACAUAUUUUUUUGCUAAAUAAAUAUGUAAAAGAAAUAUGUUAAAAUGUGUCAUUAACUUCUUAUCACCUGUAUUACCAGCAUAAUUUUCUAAAAAAAAAAAACUUCAAAUCAGACAACUUUGUCAUGUAUAUAGAUAAAUGAAAGGAACUGUGGUGGAUGUGUUUUAUUUAUAAUGUAGACUGUACGUCAUGAAAUAAAUGUGAUAAGAGUU